GUUUUCAUUUCCAUGGUACAGUCAGUGGACAGUAUGGCGCUGGCCAGGAUUUCCAAAUGUUGUCGGUCGUUACUACGUGAGCCCACCAAAGGGGUGUUUUGUGGUGUUUUACAGCCAGGUUGGAUUGAAGGCUGCAUAGGAGCUAAGAGGCAUCUGUUGUCAGAAGAUGUCAUCAAACUACAAGAUUUCCAGCAAAGGAAGCUGGCUGUGGCUCACCUUGUCACUGGAUCACAAGGCAAUUAUAUUGAGCUAUUCAGUCAGAAGCUGCAAAGGAAUGAGCUGAUACUUAGAGAUGAACUGAAGCUUCUCCUUCACUUGUGCCAGUCUGCAGAUGACAUGGUGAUAGCCAGAGAUGCCAUUUAUAGAUAUCACACAGAGAACCGGAACUUGGUUUCUGGGGAGUUCAAGUUCGGUCCUCUCUUCAUGAGACUGUGCUAUGAGCUGGGUCUGGAGGACCUGGCUGCUGUUACACUUACAGAUAAGAGUAUGAGAGGAUUUUUCAGUGACGCGACCUCCUUUAACAUCGCCAUUGACAUGUUAUUUACAAAAGGCUCUUAUGACAGUGCCCUGGAGGUACUAAGAACCAUGAGGAACCAAAGUGUACCUUUCAACAAAGACACACUGACACUGGCAUCUGGCACCUGCUAUAAACUGAACACAGCAGAGUCCUAUAGGAUCUGCACCGCUCUGAUAGAGGAGGGACAGACCAAAGGGCACUUCAUCCCCAGACAUGCUUACUGCUUUGCCGUUGCAUUAGCACUUCGACAGAAUGACAUUGAAAAGGCACAGUCAUUGUAUUCACAAAUAAUGAGCACUGACAGCAGAUUAUGCCAGAAUUUGAAGGUUGUCAUUCUAGUAAUGUCAGGAGCAGUGACAGAUGCCAUUUCCAUCUUGUCUGCAGCCAUGUUACCUAAAGGCCCUUCUUUUGUAAAGAGGCCUGAAUUUUCUCAGGAGGUGGUGGAUUUGCUGUGCUUGCGGAGUGAGGGCAGACCGCACAUGAUGAAGGUGGAACAGAUAGUGACUCAGCUUGAGCGAGCCGGUCAGGUGACCCAGCAGACCCUCGAUGAUAUGCUCUGCCACACGCCCACAGGGAAGAGGAAACCAGCGCCUAUCAUGGAGGAGAGGAGGACCAGCCGAAGGACUCUGAAGCCACUACAGUCCACUCUGCUGUCAGAGUGAGAGACACUGCAUGAUGUCCCGAAGCCUGCUUUGACUAAAGUAUCUGAGGCUGAACGGAAUCAGUCAAAAAACACUGACUCGGGCUAGAUUUGACUUUGUUACGAUUGCUUUAUCUACCUCUCCUUAAACACAAACACAAACAUCCGUCUGCAGACUGGAAAAGUACAGAAGUAACACCAUCUAAAUGGGUACGGAUCUCCUUGCAAGGUUCUCAUAUGGAUAACGAGUGAUUAGGGAAAAAUGUGUUGUGUAUAUAAAGUGAUUAAAGAUUAAUCAGAUAUUUAAUUUGAAAAA